UCCAUUAAAUUGUUUAUUUUCAAGAUGAUGCAGGAGGUGGUUAUUAUGAAGUGAAUAAUACUCUGGCUUUUUCAUUGCAACUUGUUGAAUGUCAUGAUAAAGGAAGAACAAGAUUCCUUACUAUUAUCUGGAGCCAACGCUUCAGCAGAGGUUCACUCAAUCAAAAAAAGUUCGCCUUCACCAGUUCAAAAUCUAAACGAUGACAUGGAAGGUAAAAAUGUACAAGAUGUAAACACGGAGGAAUUGAGACAGCAGGAAAGCUUGUCACCAGCUAGCUCAACUGCGAGCAUUCAUGAUACUAACUUCUUAAAUGACAGAGUGAGAUGCCUUGAAAGUGAAAAGUUGGCUCUAAUGAUAGAUCACAACAAUUUAAUUAGAGAGUUUAAUAAACGCAUGGAAAGCCAUUUGGAAGAAAUAAGAAACCUCAAAGAAGCUAACCAGCAUAUUGAACAAGAAUCAAACGAGUUGCGUGAUUUGUGUUGCUUUCUUGAUGAUGAUAGACAAAAAUGUAGAAAGUUAGCUAAAGAAUGGCAAAGGUUUGGAAAACAUACUGUUGCUGUGAUGAGAAAUGAGGUUAUGUCAUACCAAGAAAAACUGAGAGCAUUAGAAACAAGACAAAGUGAAUUAAUUAAGGAAAACAGGGAAUUGAGAGACCUGUGUGUAUAUUUAGAUAGUCAAAGAACAGGAAAUUUGCACAAUGAAAGUGCUGAAACUAUGCUAAAAUAUAGUCUUUGUAAAAAAUGUUCCUCGCUGCAAAAAAAUAAUACACACGAAGAAAAUGGAGUAGAAGUGCAAACAACAGAAAACGGUGAUCAUGCAUCAGAACAUAUAACAAGACUUCAAAAUCAGAUUGUGCAAUUAGAAAAUGAAAAAGAAUCUCUACAUAAAUUAUUGAUGUAUGGUGGCAAAAGUCGAAAAGAAAAAAAGAGGGUGUCGUUUUCAUUUCCUUCAGAAGAUGAUUAUGAUUCCUCAUCUACAACCUCGGAAGUUGAUCGGUUGGAUUUUCCUCCCAUCUUUGGAGAUGAUGGUCUUACUCCUGGGAUCCUUCGAAAUAUGGGAAUGGUUAUCCCAAAAACAAAAAACCAGUUUUCAGAUAUAUCUCCACGUAACAAUGACAUCAGUCGAAUCACUGAAGGUGUAUCUGAAGAACAGCUGGAAGAAAUAAGAGGGAAGUUAAACAAAAGUCGAGUUGGUGAAGCCACUUUGUCAGAGGAUGAAAUAUCUUUACUUAAAAACAUGUGUAAUGUCGUGACAGAAAAGUUAAGAUCUGACAGCAACACAUCGUUUGCCAGUGCAAACAACUCGUUUGAUUUGAAUUCACCUUUAUCGCCACCUCCAUCUACAGUUGGUAUACAUCUCUACAACAACGGUGGGAACAGAUCGAAAAGUGAACAAGUCGCUGCCGUGGAGAAUAUAACACCUAGUUCAGAUGCAGUGCAUAGACCACCAUUACCAGGUUAUGAGGAUUCUGUAAAAAGAAGAACUGAAGAUGGCUUGUCGUGACAGAAGCCACCAAAUCAUGGAAUUCGCAACUCUAAAUUCUACUCCGCAAAAGUAUGAAAAAUAGCGUACUUACAGUGGUUGUUUAUAGGUUUAAUUUGUAGAUUUAUCCUACGGCGUUUUUAGUUUUUAGUUCAUUUAAAUCUUCGCAUGAUUAAAUUCGGAAAUUUUCUUGUGACUAAAGGAUUUCUCAGAUUCAUUACCAUGUGGUGAUCACGUGGCACACUUGACAAAUUUUCAAGUGUUCGCCACGUGUUAUUUGAAUGCUAAAUUGAGUGACCACCCUGGUAUACGUGCAUGAUGAAAUGAUCCAUCAUAAAACACCUUUUGUUCUCAUGAAACACACUUUUUUGCAUUCAGACUUUAAGGAAAAUUUUAUAUGCAAUGAACCUGAAUCCUAUUUAAAACUCCUGUUAUGAGUUUACCUGUUCAAUUUUACAAAUCAGCAGAGCUGCAUGUUUCUUAAAACUACUGCAUUGAUUUGCGAUUGUCAAAAAAAUACUACUUUACUGUGAGUAAUUUUCGUGGGAAAAAUUUCGCGAUUGUCGCAAUAUUUUCUAGCGAAAUUAAAUCGCUGCGAGGACGACUCUUUUUGUGUAAAUUAAAUUAAUUUAAAAUAAACUAUUUUUGACAAAUAUUGCGAGGAGGUGAAACUUUACGACAGGCUUUUUUUUCGACACACAAAUAUUUUCAGCACCAUUAUGAUUUGCUGCAUUUUCAAAAAUAAAAAUAUAGUGAGAAUAAUUUAUACUAAAUUUUGUAUUUAAAAUCAUCAGCCUAUAUUUUAUAUAACAAUCACUAUUUAUACCUUAUUUAAAUUGACACUAGGUGCGCGUGUGUGGCUGGUUGCGCGAUGUAUCGCUGUGACUGGCUAGAGAGGUGACACAGUGUCGUAUAAUAAUCACACAAAACACCUUGUUGUACAUUUUAUAAUUUUAGUCAAUUCAAUAUUAAUUAAUUUUUUAAUAAAAUGUA